UCAUCGAACUGUUGUGCAUCACUAUUGAGAGAUAUUCCAAAUAAAAGCAAAAGGCAAUUCGCUGCCAAAUUUAGCAACUGCAGCACAUUUCACGCGACUGCAUCAUAGUGAAAAAUGAACGUGCUUCCGGUGCUUUUACUCCUGCUAAUGCAGCAGCUAACCUCCGUACCGUUGGCCCAAGCGGAUCAAACAGCAAUUGGGACUCCAGCUAGUUCCAAUGCAACCAAACUACCCACGGUCGGCCCAAACAAUAUCACCAAUAAUGCAACAACUUUGAACGAAGCUAAAAGUGCUAACGCAUCAUCAUCAGAUAUAGCCCCAGUCAACAAGCCGGUCAAGGUCAACGCCACGGCGGAUCAGUCUACCGUAGUGAAGCUACCAGCGGCCACACCAGAGCCGCAAUCAACGAAAGCAUCGACUACAACAACAACAACGACAACAAUAACGCCGAUAACUAAACAAACCAAAUCUACGGUCAAGACGGACAAAAUAGUGGCCGAUGGCGUAUCGCUGAGUGACAUCAAGAAGAACAACGGCAACGGCAACGGCAAUGGCAAUGAAAGCAAGAACAAUAAUAGUAAUAGCAAUAGCAGCAGCAGCAGCGGCACCACCGUAACUAUCAAUACAACAACAGCAGCUGUUAUCAAUGGCACAGCCACAAAUAGUAGCAGCGGCAGCAGUAACAACAGCAGCAUCGCCGCCACGCCAACAUCAACAACUUCUACUUCAUCAACAACUACUACUACAACCACAACAACAAGCACAUCCACGACUACGACCACAACUACUCCAAGCACCACAACCACAACCACAGCUCGUCCCAAAAAGCCAACCGUCACCAGCAGCAUGGCGAAACAAAUUGAGGGUGAGAAAUUGGAUAUGAGUGCUCUCAACGGUGGCAGCGGCGCACCGCAUGUCUUGCCCGUGCAGCAGAUGAGCAGCAGCCUGGUGAAUCGUGGCGAAAACGAAUACAUUGUGCCCAUCGUAACCGUUAUGCUGGCUGUGCCGCUGGCCAUAGCCGUAUUCAUUAUGGGCUACAGGCGCUUCCGUGAUCUAUGGACAACGCGUCACUACAGACGCAUGGACUUCCUGGUCGACGGCAUGUACAACGAUUGACGAAGGCGCCAUCAGCAGCAGCAGCAGCAGCAGGAGCUGGCUGCAAGUGACGGCGGUGGAGGUGCCACGCAGCUGCCGUAGCGCAAACGAAUUUGAUAAAGCACAGCAAAUAAUUGGAAAGAUUAUUAGUUGUUAAGAUAUUAUUAUUAUUAUCAUUAUUAUUCUUAUUAUUUGAUUUCUGCAUGGAAUGCAAAAAAAAAAGAAACAAUGAGCGAGAGCCACACUGUGGGCGAGAGAGAGAUAGAGAGAAAGCGAUUGAUACGAGGCGCAUGUUAUAGCGGAGCAGCGGCACAGACUAAAUAUAUACACUCUCACACACACACACACACACACACAUUGCUCAGUCAAUUAAAACAUUGAGAAUAUUUGUAUAGCUGUUGUUUGUGUAUGUGUGUGUGUGUGUGUGUGUGUAAGAGUAAUUUCCAAGAAUAUAUAUACACAUAUAUAGUAUAUACCCAGCGGCCAAAUCGAAUAUGUUGAUAAGAUUCAAGCGUAGCGCAAAGCAAAACAAAAAUUAAAAUGUUAAAAACUCACUGAAUGAAAAUAUUGCCAGCAUUUGAUUAAUAGCUUCACAUUUAAUUUCUGCAUUUUCGAAUAUCAGUCAAUGUACAUUUAUAGAAAUAUAGAUAUGUGAGUGGAUGUCUCCGUAUAUAGUUAUACGUUUAUACUACCUUUAAACUAUGCAACAAAGUUGUAGACGGAAUAUUUCAAUACUUAAGGCGCAAUUAGCAAUCAAUCAUAAAUUAUACUAUACAAAAAUUAUUGUAAGCCAUUUAUAUAUAUAUACAUAUGUAUAUGUAUUUUAUAUAUAACCAAAGUGUGCCUUACAGCUCAUAAUAAUGCUGUAUCAUAUAUAUAUAUAUAUAUAUAUAAAUAUCUAUCUGUUCGGUAAUAAUAUCUUAUAGACUUUCAGAUCUGGCAAAGUAAUUGAUCUACGAACCAUUAAAAACCAAGCAGAUUUGGAUUUAGCCAGCUGUAUAAAGAUAAACAAUAUGGAAAGAAAACAAAAACAAUGCGCGCAUUUAUUGCAUAAUAAUUUGUUAUAAACGAAACUAUUACAAUAAAGCAAAUGCAGUGUAACCAA